CACAGAAUACUCAAACAAAUUUCGCAUUCGUGGAUUGCUGUCGAUCGGUGGUUCGAUGUCGUUCGAUUCUUAUUUGGGAUUUCACGGAAUUCGGUUCUUAAUAAUUAACCCACUGUAGUUAACCGUUUAUGGAAGCCAAACUCAACAGCUACCGGAGCCAGAAACGUCGCCAGGCCGUACUGAACCAGUUCCGGGAGCGGCUGUACAAUAUGGUUUCUUUCCAGCAAGUCCGUCGGGAGGAUGAAAAGGCGACCCACGUCAUCGUUGAGGCAGAUAUUGAUACCACGGCUGUAAGGCCUGAAAAAAUAGCUCCGGUCCACACCACACACAAGAGCAACAAAGAUCCUGGAGAAAAGGUGCGCAAGAGUUCCACCACUGAAUCGAUUGUCAGCACCGGGUCAGGCGACUCCUUCGAGCAACCACCCGAUGGCGAAGAGGUCCCGAAACCGCCGCGAUCCUAUCUGACCUAUGUAACGUACUUUGUUUACUUCCUCUUCUGGGCCACGCUGUACGCAAUCGCCAUCGAGCUACGGUUCGGAGUGGUUUUCUUGAUGCUGUCGGCACUGGUCGGCAUCUACUUCAACACCCGGACCGAACCGAAACCGCCUGGAGAGGUCAGUGCGUACAGUGUGUUCAACGCCAACUGUGAAUCUAUCGACGGAACCCUAAAGGCGGAACAAUUCGAGCGGGAAAUCGGAAUUCGGCACUGAUGCUUGAGGAGGGAAUUCCGAAGGAGAUUCAACUGGUGCUGAUAAACGAAGUAAGUUGUUUGUACUCUACAUAUUACUAAAAUUUACAGCGUUUCUGCAAGAUUUUGUUGUGUGUUUUUGAAACUAUAUCGAUGAAAAGAUAGAGAAGGUUAUAUUUAUUACUUAAAAUA